AUGGCUGAUUCAACGAGUUCUCCACGAGUCACCCGUUCUCAAGAAAAUAAAAACUUCGAGAAAACGUUCGAAGCAGAAGAAUCUCAUGAUGACCACGUGUUGGAUAGUAGUGAUGAUGAAUUUUUUCCACCAAACGAGGCGGUAGCUUCGGAUUGUGAUGAUACAGAUGAUGAAAUUGCACCCAAUAAUGAAGAUAAUGAAGACGAAGAAGAUGAAGAAAUUGAAGAUGGAGAGGAUAAAGAUGAAGAUGAGCAAUGUGAAGAUGGCACUCAGUGGGCUGCGACACCACCAAGUGAACAUCAAGCUGAGAGACGUAAUAUUGUGCGAAAAAGAUGUGGACCUAAUAGAAACACCAAUUUGUUGUCUAAUCUAGACACAUUUAAAUUAUUUUUCACACCGGAAAUGGCUGAUAUCAUUAUACGCCAUACUAAUAAAAAGGCAAUCUCAACGUAUACAGCAUAUAAUGAAAAAAAUCCAGAAAAAAAACAAUUAGAGUGGAAAAAUCUCGAGCUGCAGGAAUUUUAUGCAUUUUUGGCUAUUUUGAUAACUUCUGGCGUAAAUAAUUCAAAUACUGAUAAUGCAAGGGAAAUGUGGCAGCCGUAUUCAUAUCCAUUAUAUCGCGCAGCAAUGAGUAUCAAUCGCUUCUGGAAUAUUAUUCGUUUUAUUCGAUUUGACGAUGCCAAUACUAGAGCUCAGCGCUUAGAAAGUGAAAAAGCUGCUCCAAUACGAGACAUUUGGACAAUGUUAAAUAGUAAUUUAGCAACACAUUAUAAACCAACAGAAUACCUAACAAUCGACGAGCAACUUUAUCCAUACCGAGGUCGAACUAGAUUCACUCAAUAUAUUCCAUCAAAGCCAGCUAAAUAUGGAAUUAAAGUAUGGUGGAUAUGUGAUGCGGAAAAUUCGUAUCCACUUACUGGACAGCUUUACACAGGGAAAUCGAAAGAUGGGCGUGAGAAAAAUGUUGGUGAAAGAGUUGUUAAAGACUUGGUGGCACCAUAUAAAGGAUCCGGUAGAAACAUUACAAUGGAUAAUUUCUUCACAACUCUGCCACUAGCAAAAUUUUUAUUAUCUUGGAACUUGACGAUUGUUGGUACUCUGAAGAAAAAUAAAGCAUACAUUCCACCAGCAAUGGCUGUUUCAAAAACUCGAGAAGAAUUAUCCACUGUGUUUGGCUUUCAUGAAAAAGUAACUCUAUGUAGUUAUGUGCCAAAAAAAAACAAGGUAGUAAUUAUGCUAUCAUCAAUGCAUCACGAAGCAAAAAUUAGUGAUAGUGCACAGAAAAAACCCGAAAUCAUCGAGUUUUAUAACUGGUCCAAAGCUGGAGUAGACACGAUGGAUAAAAUGCUUGAUAUGUUACCGCAUUUAUUGUCCUAA